AAGUAUUUGUGAGUGCUCAAAUUAAUUUUGGCUAUGGGUAGACCUUUUAAUGUGUGCACUUUCUACAAUAGGGCAGAUGAUCAAAGUUACAAUUUGAUUUAUUUCCUUUGGUUUAUUAUGUGACACCGACCUCUUUAAACCCAACUAGCAAUCUGCAAUCCCCUUUAUGGCCUAUGCAAAGUAGGUUACCGACAGGUGUGGUUCUGCCCGGAAAAAAAGGAAAGGAAAAAGGAGGAAGCAAACGGCAGUUUCAUUAACAGUACUACCAUGACUCCAAGAGAUCUCAAGGAUGAGUUCGAGGAUCAGUUCAAUGAUGUGGUCUCAAGAUUUCAAUCGAAAAAUCUGUUUCAGUCUGACUGGGACAUUGCCUCAUUCGCAAUGUUCUUUAUCUUCGUUGGUAUGAUUCUGUUACUUGUUCUUCUGGUUCUCAUCCGCUGCUGUUGUUGCUGCUGCUGUGAUGAGGAGAAGCCCCGCAGACAUAAAAUUGGGAUUGAUAAUAUGGGGAUGGAACCAUGACGAUCAUUCAACUGAAGAGAUCUUGCAACACAUGUUGCUACAAAAUUGAGCACUUUUAUACAUAUAAUCAUUAUUCUGCCUUAACAUGUGAAUGUGCACAUGUAUUUUUAACUGUUGAUUUUCAAAAUGUUUCCGCUUUUUACAUUGCUGUCUGAAGUCCAUGCUGUUGCCAAGUCACCGGUUGAGAUAAACAAAUGUGACUGACUCCUUUGUUGGCUCCUUAUAAAAGAAAACACAACUCAAAAAGCACUUCCUUACUGUUAUUCAUGCCAAUUUCACAAAACAUGCACAUGUAAAUAUAAUUAUUUAUAAUAAAUCAAAUAAAAUAAUG